AUGGCGAGGUUGCUUUCUUCGCCGUGCACUUCGUUGCUCUUAUUAAUUAUUGCGAGUGUUUCAGUCAUCGAUGUUGCUGGAGGUAAAAACUACUGUCGCAUGCCACCCGUCGAUGAUUUUUGCGAGAAUCUUUCCAAAAUGGGUUAUAGAAAAAUGGAUCUUAAAGACUACCCCGGUUGCGGAGUCGAGGUACCUCAAUCUCAAACUGCGAGUGCACCGACAGUCAUCUACGGACAAGCGGUCGACUCUUUUAUGUACAUGGUUGUGAUGGUCGAUCCGGACGCUCCAGAUCCUAAGAAUCCCACUGAUCGCUAUUGGCUGCAUUGGGUAAAAAAGAAUAUAACGGGCGUUGAUUUGCAAAAGGGAAUAACUAGUGAUGGCAAAAAUGACCUAAUGGAAUUUAUUCCACCAUCCCCUGUUGGACCAGAACCCCACAGAUAUCAGAUUUAUAUUUUCUUGGAACCAAGGGACGAAAAUUAUCAGUUAAUUGACAAAGAAAGACCACGUUGGAAUGUGUCAAAAUUUGGGAUAGAUUCACUUAUAUGCGAUUACUUUUAUACCGGCUACGAGUUCUUAACUCGUAACCCCAAUCCAGACGUCCCAACUAAGAAACCAGAUGUCCCAACUAAGAAACCAGAUGCCCCCUCGACAAAACCUCCUGGCCCAGUUUCGACUGAAACUCAGCCACACACUACAUCAACUGAUAAAGAACCAAGUGGCGUUGCAACUUGUUCGGCUUCCUUGCUCAUCAUCUUUUCUCUGCUUUCAACGUGCUGA